GGGAAAAAAAACUUUACCUAAUACAUAGCGAGAGAAAAGGCAAAGAAGAGCGGCAGCUAAAUAAAACCAACCAACAGAGAAACCUAGUUUCAACAAAAGACAUGGCUCAUGCGCAGCCAGUCGCAUAACAACCAACCUCAAAUUAACUCUCUUUUUCUUCUCUCUUCUGGUUUUCACAAACCCAUUACACUUCUCUGUUUUGUCCCGCAAGAUUUGCAAUUUGUGAUUCAUGGGCACUCCAGAGACCUCGCGGGAACCUUGUCCUGAUCGUAUACUCGAUGACAUUGGUGGAGCUUUUGGCAUGGGAGCUGUUGGAGGUGCAGCUUUCCACUUCUUGAAAGGAAUCUAUAACUCGCCAAAAGGUGAGCGCUUCUUUGGAGGCACUCAAGCAGUGCGCAUGAAUGCACCUCGUGUCGGUGGUAGUUUUGCUGUGUGGGGUGGCCUCUUCUCCACUUUUGAUUGCACGAUGGUCUACGUACGUCAAAAAGAGGAUCCGUGGAAUUCCAUUAUUGCUGGCGCGGCCACUGGCGGUUUCCUGCAGAUGCGCCAGGGUUUUGGUGCUGCGUCUAGAUCUGCAGCGUUUGGUGGAGUAUUGCUUGCUCUGAUUGAAGGUGCUGGAAUAAUGCUAAACAAAGUUAUGAGUGCGCAGCAAAAUUUUCCUCCAAUGGAAGAGCCUUUACCUAACAUGCCAGGUAUUCCUGGAUAUCAAAUGGGACAACUUCCUGGUCAAGCGCCAAUUAAUAUAGAGGGCAUGGGGAGUGGAGCAUCAUCGACGGCUGCAACAUCACCAUCAUCAUCUUCUUCUUCAUGGUUCGGCGGGUUAUUUGGUGGUGAAAAGAAGCAGGAGGCAGGUACAAGCAGUGGAAGCAAGACAGAGGUUCUAGAGAGCUUUGAUGCUCCAACCCCACCAUCAUUUGAGUACAAAUGAGUGGUAAUCUAUUCUCUGUUGCUGGAAGGUUGGCAGCUUUUUCAGUUACCAGCACAACAGCUUUAGGAUGAUAACCUAAAUCUCGCGAGCAUAAAGUUUUGGUUGUUUGCCCGUCUUUGUUUAGAGUCGUGGACUCUCUUUCAAAGUUUCUAGCAGCCAUUUCAGACGAAUCUUGUAGUCUUGUGUAAAAUAAUUUAGAGCUAUCUUUUAAUCGUUGACGUGUGUAACAAUAUGUUCAUGACAUUUCCCUCCGACAUUUCUUCAUUACCAUUCUAUGAAAGCAAGUUUAUAGUUGAA